AUGUCGAAAUCUCGUCGUAAUGUCAGGUUUCAACACCGCAACGGCGAACGACGGCUAAGCGUGUCCUCCGACGUCAGCGACGCACCCUCGGAGCCUAGCCCCAACAAAAAUGGAAAUGUUUCUCAGCCAUCCACGAUACAGGAAGAGAAACCCCAGUCGGAAUAUGAGAAGAAGAAGCAGACCUUUAUUACCCGCACGAUAUGGACCUUUGUGAUGAUUGCUGGUUUCUUCAUCGCCAUGUUCUCCGGUCAUAUCUAUAUCAUCGCCUUGGUCACUGCUAUUCAAAUUGUUUCGUUCAAGGAAGUCAUCGCUAUCGCCAAUGUGCCCAACAAGGAGAAGAACCUGCGCUUCACCAAAUCUCUGAAUUGGUACUUCUUGGCUACAACUAUGUAUUUCCUGUAUGGAGAGAGCGUCAUCUACUACUUCAAGCAUAUUCUGCUGGUUGACAAGGUGCUUCUCCCGCUCGCGACUCACCACCGUUUCAUCAGCUUCACGCUUUACGUCAUGGGAUUCGUGUUUUUCGUCGGAUCUUUGCAAAAGGGUCACUACCGAUUCCAAUUUACCCAGUUUGCUUGGACUCACAUGGCUCUGUACCUUAUCGUUGUCCAGGCUCACUUUGUCAUGAACAACAUCUUCGAGGGCAUGAUCUGGUUCUUCCUCCCCGCGUCGCUGGUUAUCACCAACGAUAUCUUUGCCUACGUCUGUGGCAUCACUUUUGGACGCACCCAACUCAUUCAGCUUUCCCCAAAGAAGACUGUGGAGGGUUUCCUCGGUGCCUGGAUUUGCACCAUUGGAUUCGGUUAUUUCAUGACCAACUUGCUGAUGCGCUACAAGUACUUCAUUUGCCCUGUCAACGAUCUUGGAUCCAAUGUCUUGACCGGGUUGGAGUGUGUGCCCAACCAGGUCUUCACGACCCAACGCUACUCCCUUGAGUUCUUAGGUUUGGACUACAGCUUCCACAUGGAGCCAAUCCAGUUCCAUAUCCUAGCUUUCGCCACUUUUGCUUCUCUGAUCGCUCCUUUUGGCGGAUUCUUCGCUUCCGGCCUGAAGCGUACUUUCAAGAUCAAGGACUUUGGAGAGUCCAUUCCCGGCCACGGUGGUAUCACUGACCGCAUGGACUGCCAGUUCAUUAUGGGAUUCUUUGCUUUCAUGUACUACCACAGCUUCAUCGCUGUCUACAAGGCCAGCGUGGGUGAUAUCAUUGAGACUGUCAUCAACGGUCUCACAGUUGACGAGCAGCUCGAGGUUGUUCGAGGCCUGGGCAAAUACCUGUACAACCAGGGGGCCGUCUCAGAAUCGAUCCUUGACUGCCUCGUCACCGAGCUCAAGCGCCGAUGA